UUUAGGUUUUCAGGUUGGGUUAAUUAGGUUGUGAGUUUUGUUUUGAGAAGUUGGCCUUGGCUAACUUCCCUCUAGCAGGCAUAAUAGGAUAAUAAAUUUAGAAGGUUGUCUAGGAUAAUGUUAUCCUAUGAAGUUGUAGCAGUGCUUAUGUGUAUUUUGUUAACCAAUUAGCAAUUGCUUGCUUGCCUGCUUCAAGUGUAUAAAGAUGUAUGCUGGAGAGAAAUAAAUUGACUCUUGCUAUCCAAUCAUACUGACUGUUGAGCAUCUGUCCAGGUCCGUCUGCGAUGCGACAAAUGGUGACCCCGACGUGAUUCGAAUCGAAUGCUGAUAGUGUCGGUGGCCUGACCCAGGCGGACGAGCCGCGGCGGGGAGUGCUGGAGAAGGGCCGGCCCCCGGGCGUCCAAAGGAGAGGCGCAUCUGAGCUCAGAGGUUUGGAGACGUGCGCUCCGGGCAGUGCAGCAUGGCCCGUGCUCCAACGCGUCCCACAAGUCUCCGUGCCCCUGGUCUGGGCUCCUAUUCUGCUGGAUGCGGAGAGUCAGCCUCGCCUGGUUUUGCUUUGUUGCUUGUUUUGGCGCUCCUUGUGAGGGGAGGCGCCCCGUAUGAUCUUAUACCCCCAGUGAAUGCCUGGCUGACUUUGGCGCAGAGUGCCAUAAAUACAACGGCCUUCUGCCUGCCCCAUGUUCCUGCAGUGGGAGCCCUUAUGGAAACCUGCUUUGUGGGUGUGUGUACUGAAUUGGAGGUGCUGCAGCAGCACACUUGGUUGUUUCGUAUCCCCAGGGAUAUACCUUAUGCAGAGUUGUAUGCUUUGGGCCCUGGAGCCACUUUAGAUAAGUUAGAUGCCAGUAUGUAUUUGUUUCGUUUGGCUAAUGUGACAGCUGCUAUUACGUGUAUGAAUUUUGUUAAUGCUAAGCAUGUUGCUGUUAAUCAUGAUAAUGUGGAGCUUGUUUGUCGCCAUAAGAGGGAUGUAUCCUUUGCCUAUGGACAUAUGAAGCUGCCCCUGGGAUGGUUUUUGUUGUGCGGCCGCACAGCCUUUACUUAUGUUCCAGCUAAUAGUUCAGGUGGCCCCUGUGCUAUUGGCCGUGUGGCCCCUUUGUUGUUUCCCCAUCCCAUAGUGAAAGGGCCUCGCCAACGGCGGGAGAGUAUCCCCUUGAGCCCUACCUGUAAGGCAGAUGUUACAUUGUUUUCAGAACGAGAGGCAGCAGCCCUUACUUUUACCCUGGUAGGCCUCCCUGGUUUGGUGGUGCAUAAUUACCAUGCCGUUGCACACCUUGCCUGUACUGUGGCGAAGGCCUUGAAUUUGACCUCCACUGUUCUUGCCUUGUUAACCCAAGAGAUGGGAGAAGUUCGCCGAGGAGUUUUGCAAAACCGCUUAGCCAUUGAUUAUUUAUUGCUGCGACACGGUCAUCCCUGUUCUGAUUUUGUGGGUAUGUGCUGCUUCAAUAUUACAGAUGCAAGUGCGGCCAUCGACGCAGAUCUGGAUCGUUUGCGCCAUCUAGCGGAGGGCAUCCGCCAGCACCAGGGAGAUUUCUGGUUGUGGUCAUGGCUGUCGUCGCUACGUGGCUGGGCUGCACAUUUGUUACAGGGCUUAAU